AUGUCUUAGUAAACAUUCUUUAUCAAAAUUAUAAAGAAAUCUUCCUGCAAAGAACUUUAAGAUAUAAACUUCAAAAAGAAACCUAAAAAGACUAGCAAAUUAAAUACACUGUUAACUAAAGCUAGAACUGAAGGAAUUGUUGGAUAUUGA